GCACGGAAAAGGCCUCAGAGGCAAAAGUAAUCACAUGCAGUGUUAUCGAUGCUAUCGAUAAACAAAAUGUAACACGGCUAUUCGUGAACCGCGCAGCUAAUCAAAGUUUACGCAAAAUUAUAGACAGCGUGUGUAUCACGUUUUGCAGAAGUGGAAUAGAUCACUGUGGUGUGAUUUGACCGUUCGAUGUACUCGAUCUUCCUACUGCAUUAGUCUUGCAGGGUUGAACAUGGCCCUGUAGCCGGGGAGUUAGGUUAUUGUCGGUAAGAAGACUAUGCAACAAUGUGUUAGGAAGCCGAUACAGUUCAGUAACAACCUACGGAAUUCGAGAGUUUUCUCAGCAGUUCGGUGCAGAUUAGGACGUGCAUCAUCUUCCUACAUCAUGGAUGAUGCAGCCUUGAAAAGUGUUGUAAGCAAUGUGAUAAAGUCACCCGAGGACAAACGCCUGUACCGUGGUUUGGAAUUUACAAAUGGUUUAAAAGCUCUCCUUAUUAGUGAUCCAACCACAGAUAAAUCUUCAGCUGCUCUUGAUGUACAUAUUGGUUCUUUAUCAGAUCCUCCUAACAUAUCAGGGCUUGCCCACUUUUGUGAACAUAUGCUGUUCUUGGGAACUGAGAAAUAUCCUAAGGAGAAUGAAUACAGUCAGUUUCUCAGUGAGCAUGCUGGGAGUUCAAAUGCUUUCACCAGUGGAGAACACACAAACUACUACUUUGAUGUAUCACAUGAGCACUUGGAUGGAGCACUUGACAGAUUUGCACAGUUUUUCUUGUGUCCCCUGUUUGAUGAGAGCUGCAAAGACAGGGAAGUAAAUGCUGUGGACUCAGAACAUGAAAAAAAUUUGAUGAAUGAUGCCUGGAGACUUUUUCAGUUAGAAAAGGCUACUGGGAACCCUAAUCAUCCAUUUAGUAAAUUUGGGACAGGAAACAAAGUUACACUUGAAACAAGACCAUCACAAAAAGGGAUUGAUAUUCGCCAAGAAUUGCUCAAAUUUCAUUUAACAUUCUACUCCUCAAAUCUGAUGUCACUCUGUGUCCUAGGAAGAGAGUCCUUGGAUGAAUUGACUAACAUGGUGGUGAACCUCUUUGCAAUGGUGGAAAACAAAAAUGUACCAGUUCCAGAAUUUCCAGAACACCCUUUUCAAAAAGAGCAUCUUAGGCAAAUGUACAAGGUGGUGCCUAUUAAGGAUAUUCGAAACCUCUAUGUCACUUUUCCUAUCCCAGAUCUUCAAAAAUAUUAUAAAUCAAACCCUGGCCAUUAUCUUGGUCACCUCAUUGGACAUGAAGGUCCUGGAAGCUUACUGUCUGAGUUAAAAUCAAAAGGUUGGGUAAAUACUCUAGUUGGUGGACAGAAGGAAGGUGCAAAAGGUUUUAUGUUUUUCAUAAUCAAUGUGGACCUGACAGAAGAAGGCCUUUUACAUGUCGAUGAUAUCAUUUUUCACAUGUUUCAAUACAUUCAGAAGCUUCGGACUGAAGGUCCUCAGGAGUGGGUCUUCCAAGAAUGCAAGGAUUUGAAUAAUGUAGCUUUUAGAUUUAAAGAUAAGGAGAGACCUCGUGGAUACACUUCAAAAAUAGCUGGUCUGCUGCAUUACUACCCUCUAGAUGAAGUUUUAGCUGCUGAAUAUCUUCUGGAAGAGUUUAGACCUGAUUUAAUUGAGAUGGUUUUGGACAAACUAAGACCAGAGAAUGUCAGGGUGGCGGUAGUUUCUAAAUCUUUUGAAGGACAGACAGAUAAGACAGAGCACUGGUACGGAACACAGUACAAACAGGAAGCUAUUCCGGAGGACGUUAUCAUGAAUUGGCAAAAUGCAGACCUCAAUGGCAAAUUUAAACUUCCAAUGAAAAAUGAAUUUAUCCCAACAAACUUUGAAAUAUGUUCUUUGGAAAAGGAUACUGCAGCAUAUCCUGCUCUAAUUAAGGAUACUGCAAUGAGUAAGGUUUGGUUUAAACAGGAUGAUAAGUUUUUUCUGCCAAAAGCUUGCCUCAACUUUGAAUUUUUCAGUCGCUACCUUUAUGCCGAUCCUCUCCAUUGCAACAUGACUUACCUGUUUCUCAGGUUAUUGAAGGAUGAUUUAAAAGAGUAUACAUAUGCAGCACGUCUCACAGGUUUGGUCUAUGGCAUAGCCUCAGGAAUGAAUGCAAUCCUUCUCUCUGUAAAAGGUUAUAAUGAUAAACAGCACAUUCUCCUGAAGAAGAUCAUUGAGAAAAUGGCUACUUUUGAUAUUGAUGAAAAGCGUUUUGACAUCAUUAAGGAGGCGUACAUGAGAUCUCUAAACAAUUUCCGUGCUGAGCAGCCACAUCAGCAUGCAAUGUAUUAUCUCCGGCUACUAAUGACUGAGGUAGCUUGGACCAAAGAUGAGCUGAAAGAUGCCUUAGAUGAUGUCACUCUUCCACGUCUCAAGGCUUUUAUACCUCAGUUGUUGUCACGGUUACACAUCGAAGCCUUGCUCCAUGGCAAUAUAACAAAACAGGCUGCACUUGGCAUGAUUCAGAUGGUUGAAGAUACCCUCAUUGAACAUGCUCACACUAAACCUCUUCUUCCAAGUCAACUGAUCAGAUACAGAGAAGUCCAGGUUCCAGACAGGGGAUGGUAUGUUUAUCAACAGAGGAAUGAGGUGCACAAUAACUGUGGGAUUGAGAUUUACUACCAGACAAACAUGCAGAACACACAGGAAAAUAUGCUCCUGGAACUUUUUUGCCAGAUCAUCUCUGAACCGUGCUUUAACACUUUACGCACCAAGGAGCAACUAGGUUACAUUGUUUUCAGUGGACCCAGGAGAGCAAAUGGUGUCCAGGGAUUGAGAUUUAUUAUCCAGUCUGAAAAAGCUCCACAUUACUUGGAGAGCAGAGUUGAAGCCUUUCUAAGAACAAUGGACAAAACAGUUGAGGAAAUGUCAGAAGAGGCUUUCCAAAAGCACAUUCAAGCUUUGGCAAUCCAAAGGCUAGAUAAGCCUAAGAAGCUGUCGGCGGAGUGUGCUAAAUAUUGGGGGGAGAUCAUCUCACAACAGUACAAUUUUGACAGAGAUAAUAUUGAAGUUGCAUUUCUGAAAACACUGACCAAAGAAGACAUAAUGCAGUUUUACAGGGAUAUGCUUGCAGUGGAUGCUCCCAGAAGGCACAAGGUGUCCGUGCAUGUUUUGUCCAGGGAAAUGGAUUCCUGUCCAGUCGUCGGUGAAUUUCCAUGCCAAAAUGACGUUAAUUUGGCGCCUGCGCCAUCUUUGCCUCAGCCGACUUUGGUUCAAGACAUGACCGAUUUUAAGAGGAGUCUGCCGCUGUUUCCAUUGGCUAAGCCUCACAUCAACUUCAUGGCUGCAAAACUGUGAGAAGCCUCUUGGUUGGAAGGAGCACAACGGAAUAUGAAGCAAAGGCCGUGGGCGGAAAACGAAGAGGGGUGCGCGCCUCUGUCUGUGUGUAUGUGGGUGAGAAAGUAGACGUACAGCUUGCUGUGUUCAUUAUCAUAGCUCUUUCCGAUAGAUCAUACAACAUUUUCUUUAUUUUAAAGUAUUCUAAGCAUUAUAAAGUAGAGGGCUGCAUGAUUUGUUUUUUAAACUGCAGCCCAAGAAAUGUUUUAAUUUUACACAAUGAGCUGCAUUGAAGCAGCCAAGUAAAAACUGAAAUGAGAUGAAGUACCAAGAAGUAAUGAAUGUGUACAGAACAAUAAAAGAAGGGGACGAUGACAGGAGUUUUACUUUUUAUUUGUUCAGAAGCUGAAAAUGUUGAAUGAUGCUUAAAAAACUUAAGAGCAUGAUAAGUGAAGAGUUUAGACUUGAAGUCACUAUAUUUUAUUAAAUCCCACAACACACUAAUGUAAGAGAAAGUUGUUUAAUAAUAGAACAUCAGCUAAAAAAAAUGAUGAGUUUUAAACUUUGUGUAUGUUUUGGAAUUUAAUAAUUUUCUGAAACUUAGUAAAAUGUUGGAGCCAUUUAGGCCGCGUAUUUUUACCUUCUGACAGAUGCCGUGCUUUUAAAUUUUAGCACACUCUCACAGUCAACUCCCUUUUAUUAUUUUGUGUUCUUAUAGCAUUGUCUCAGGGCUCCUCCAAAUUGAAUCCUUUUUUACAUAUACGUAAUAAAAAAAGAAAUAAUGGAACCUUUGUAACUUUUUGUGAGCUGUCCCAUCAAUACUGCCAGUUUUAGGUCAGUCCUUGAUAAUCUGGCACAGUUAGUUUGGCGAUUCCCUUUAGCUGCGUCUGUCCAGAUUUUCAACAAUCACUAACUUUAUUGAACGAGUUCCUCCCGACUACGUCCAGCUCUCCGGGUGGUCUCGUAACUUCCAUGAUCCCCACGGUGAGUCGUGACAGGAGCAGGGAGCGCUGAAGAUGGGAAUCCUCGUCUCGGCUCAGUAAGCUGCAAGACAAAAAGUGAAUAAAACUCUUGGAAAUUAGUGGCGUUGUGGAUAUUAUAAGCUCUGUCCUGCUCUAUAUGUUCAUGAGAGAAGUUACAUUUCAAAUGAUCGCUUAAGGGAUUUGUCUUUUUAUUUAUUAUUAUUCUUUUUUUUUUACCAUACACUGCUGACCGGAGUGCUUGGAAGUGCACACCCCCAUAACUGAACAGAUGGAUAGAUGUGUCACUUGUGAGAAUAUAACGUUUACCGUGAGGGGUGGGGAACCCCCACAUAGCAGCGACUCUGUUGCCGAAGAAGAUCAUUUUAUCAUCUAAGACGGGGAACAUCAAUUCUGAGGCAGUCAAAACUAAAUGUUUUUGUCCAUCAUGGGAGCACUGGGUUAUAAUGGUAUUGGGAUGAGCUAGUAGUUGACGCUGGUCCUGGAUGUAGAGGAGGCUUUGUCGUGGUGGCCUGUUCAGGUGCCCGUUGUAGGAUCUGUGGCCUUGUCCUGUCAUUCACAUGCCAGCAGACCACCGAAGGACGUGCUGCCAUUGUAGUGAUUUGCCACUUCUGGCUGCCAUGUCCACCAAAUGCUGCAUAAAUUCAGACCUCUUUGAUGAACGAUGUCAGGUAGUCCACUGACCUAACAGAUAAUCUCCACAUAUUUAGUCAUUUGAUUUUGUAGUUGUGGCUGUCAGAUUGGUUUGUACUUUGUGAUUCACUCACGUGUUGUCGACAAACGGGCCAGCGGCAUCGAGCCUUCACUGGCAUCAACCACUAUGAAAAAUAACUCGGGCACACAGUUUCCAAUGUUUAUUCUGAUUUUAACAUCUUUCAAAACUCAAUUUUUAAGAGCCCUUUCAACAUUAAUGUUAAUUCACAUGCCUGGGGCAACAUGGACAUCCAUGGUAACCUCAGGAUACCUUAUUGGCAUUUGUGCCCUUACUGGCCGCCAUGCUGGCACCAAUCACACGGCCUAAAGCAGCGAGGUGAAAGGAUGAUUUAGGGUCCCCUCUAUGACAUUUAUUAUUUAUUACAUUACAUCAGCUGGAUUAAAAGAAAAAUUCAUUGUUUUUCUAAGCCAGAUGUAAUUUUAAUUCUGCGUUUUCAUUCAUUGCUCACCUUCUCCCGUCUGCUGCAGUAAUAUGAUGUCUUGUUGGGUCCUGUUGGAUUACCGUUGGCAUUGUAGCCUCGUCCUGUGACCUCCAGCAGCCCCUCGUGCAGGUGACACACUUAAGAAGUUGCCAUUUCCUGCGUGUUGCCUUUUUAUCCUUUAUUCAUACCACGCUUUCCUGCCCACCCCCUCUCUGCUGUAACUUCACACAUUAUACAACAUCUAACAGAAUCCUGGAAGAAGCAUUUAUGAAAUGUCAGAGACUGGUUAGCUAGCUAGCAAUCCUGACCCAUCCAGGUAGGGUCAUCCAUCUACAUUGGGUUCAAAACAGAAGAGCAUCUCUUCUGUGCUCUGAUUUGGAAACAGUGGUGUGUAAGUGCAAAAGAACACACACCUAAGUUUGCUUACCAUCAGGCAUUUAGCCCACCCACGUAAUAAAAUGGCACUUCAAACCAGUCUAGUGACCAUACUGCAUGUGGAAGGCCGUUGUCUGCUGUUAUUUACAGAACUACUUCUACUGCGAUAAGGAAACAAAGGCCUGAUGGGACACGAUAGGCUAAAACUUAUCAAGCAGACAGAACAGGGUUAUAAGCACUAAGAGCGCUCCAAAACGUUAAACGGCCCCACUGUUGUUGUAACAGUCUCGUCACAGAUAAGCUGAGCUGACCAGGUGGAGGUCUUCACCCCACCUUUGGGGGUCCUAGCUUCACCUUAAAGCAGAAGGUGUGGUCCUUUGGCCUAUGGGAGCCGGUGAAGCAGGCCUGACCAUUUGGGCAGAUCAUCUUACACUACCUACUAGAGGAAGAGCGAGGCGUGUGCAGUACUGCAGUGUAAGAGAGACUCAGUCAUCGGACCCAGCAAGGCAACUCCGUAUCAAGCAAGCCUCUUUAUAUUGUGUCGUUCUUUAGAGAAUAACAAGGAAGUUCAGGGCUGAAAUAAACCACAGCAAACUGCAUCGUGGCUUAACCGCUCGGCCACACUCCUUAGGAUGGGUUUUUUAACCAAAAACGCCUUGAGCAGAUAGCCAGACCUAACAAGAGCAGCCUCUGAGCUGGCGGGACAGGUGGAUUGCCCCAUUGCCCUUACAUGUUGAGCGCUGAACAAACCCCAGUGUUUACAGUCCUGACCAAUCUGUAGUCUCAGGUUUGCUCAAGAUAACGGCUGGACAGGAGCCGGCCACAGAAAGGAAGGCAUCAUCUCUUCAAAGAUCCCACUUUAGUUUCUAGUUCUGUGGCCCCAGAAGGGGAUGGCAAUGCCAGCCUGUUAUUACACGGUUGGCACUAACUUUAACCCUACCCCUAAUUUCAGAAGCAGGUGACAAUUUAAAAUUUGCUAAAGUCAUAUUUAAGUUUAAAAAAAUAUUAAUGUACCGGUAUAUACAAUAAAAUGUUUAAUAAACAAAGAUGUCUUUCAAACAAAAAGCAUUUCAUUCACUGUUUUACUUCAUUCUUCUAUUUGAAUGAUCCUGCUACACUUGAGAAUUUGUCAAAGCCCCACAUUAGGAUUAACCACGUGUCCUUUUGCUAGCCCACGUAUGCUCACCUUAGCUGGCACACGAGUCACCCGAGGGCCGGAGACUGGGCACAGAUCUUGAGACGUUGACCUCCAGGUGGAUUGAGGGGGUCUUCUCGGCUGUGAAGAGUGCUUGUUAAAGAAUAGGAAACCCAGCUUUUUAAUGGCAUUCCAGCAUUUUACUUUGUUUUAUUGCUAAUAACUCAGGCAUAUCUAUGGAUUCUUACCACGAGUCCGGAGCUGCAGCAUCUUUUAGCAAUAACAGCCAACAGAGGCUUCUCUGGAAUCUGUUAUUCACAUAAAUUUCUUGUGAAUAGGAACAUGUAUGUUUAAAAGUGACAAGAUGUUUACAUUGAUAACUAUAUUUGUCAACUAUUUUUGUUAAUUUGAUGUGAAAAAUGAAUGCAUGUAGCAUGGUCAGUAUGACAUGAGUGCAAGGGUUUUCUCAUUUUUAUUGUUUUUGAGAUUUACAAUAAACAGUAUGCAAUCAAUCUACUGGUACUGGCUGAUGUAAUCAAAGCAAAGAAACAAAAUAAAGAAAUCAACUAUUUUAGAUAGAUUGAGAAACAUCA